UCCUUCCUUCUCAGGCUGCCAGGUUCCUCCUCUCUCUCCUCUGCCUCCUCCUCCUCCUCCUCUUCGGUCGGGUGUCGAGGGCCAGGAGCCUCCUUGAGGAAACAAGGCUUUAGUGGAGGGAGGGCAAGCUCAUGCUUUUCUGCUGUGGAUGCGCUGAGGAAGAAGUGCCCGGCUCCUCCUCCUUGUCAGUCUCACUCAUCUGCCGGUGGUGAAGUUGAGGACCUCUUCGCCCUCACUCAAGUGCAGCCUUGUUCCCUCAGGGAGGCACCCUCUUUCGUUCAGUCACAAGGACAAGGACUGCAAACGGUGACAGCUGCCUCUCAGCAACACCCGUCUCCCUCCUUCCCUCCCUCACCUGAGUAUAAGCCAAGGGGGGCUUUUGCAGCAUUAAAAACAUGCUGAAAAGCCGGCUUAUACUUGAGUAAUUGUUUGUAGUUCCAUCGUUACCAUUAGAAACCUUCCUUCUAUAUCUGUCUUAACCAUUUGCAGGUGCCAGAGUUUGGGGAGAUAGAAUACCAGGCCCUUUCUUUUGGAAGUUCCCUCUGAUGCCAGUUCUUCUCCCAGUCAUUUUGUUUUCAAACUUACAGAAUCAAGGGAUAACAUUUCAGGCCAUGUGGAGACCCCUUGAAGGUUCUUCCCAAAGGCAUCCAAGGAAGAGCUUUUCUCUCCGUGGCCUCCAGUUUUCCUAGGAUUUCCCCUAGAUGGAGGAAAAAGAAGAAAAGGGGGAAGUGGGCAAAGGUGAAGGGAGUCGGCAGGAAGGAGGCUUUGUGGCUGGAGCUGUGCCUGUCUUUGCAUCUCAUCAUGGGCUCUACAGAGGGAAUGCAUGAAUGCCUAAUGGAACUUAGUUCAGCAUGGACUCAAUUUGUGAACGUGGUUGUGAAUUAGCCAGUUGAGAAGGCAGGUCCUUCUUAGUUUGGAAGAUUCAUUUGGGAAAUGUGGCCGGAGUGACCCUUUGAGAUGCCGAGGAAGCAGAGUUGGGGGUCCCUGUGGCAGGGGAGAUAAUGACACAACCAAUAAAGAAAUCCUUUUUCCUUUGAGCAUUUAGCACAAUACUGGUAAUUCACAGAAAUCCAUGAUCCAGAAUAGGUUACACCCUUGAAUGUUGGGAGGAAUUCUGCCUGCCUUGUGUUCCUUUAACCAUGUUUGGAUUUGACCCAAUGAAAUUAGUGUGGUCCUCCAAUAUGGGAAAAGGGUUCAGUUCCCUCCUUCUGUGUUUCCUCCCUUCCUUCCACCUUUCCUUUCUUCUUUCCCUUUUUGCUUUGUUACCUUGAGCCAGAGGUACGCGACUUCAUGUCUAACCUUUUGCUUCUUCUUUCUUGACCAGGACAUGAGAGUUCUCUGGAGUCACCCCUGCCGUGAUGGGAAAUGAACCAGCUUCUAGUAGAUAUUGAGGCAUUUGGAAACCAAAGUGCAGUAAGAAAACCAGUCCCCUAGGAAAAAGGAUUCCUCUCAAGUGGCUGAUCCUGCAGAAUUCCUACAUUCACUUUGGAUUAUAGAGUAGAACCAUAGAGUCGGAAGAGACUGCAUGAGGCACCCAGUCCAGGCCUCUGCCGUGCAGGAAACGUGCAAAGUACCCCUGACAGAUGAGCAUCUGACCUCUGUUUAAAAGAUUCCAGAGGAGCCUCCACUGCAUUUUGAGGCAGAGAGUUCCACUGCUGAACAGCUCUAACAGUCAGGAAGUUCUUAAUGUUCAGGAAGAAUCCACUUUCCUGUAAUUUGAACCCACUGCUGUGAGUAAUCAGAAAGGGAAAAACAAGAAUCAAGUGUCCUUUUUAGAAUUAAAUAUACAUAACACUGCUGACAUGGAGAAGAAAGCAUAUAAAUGUAUCGAAAGUGGAAAGAGCUUUAGUCAGCAUGGAAAGCUGAAGGCACAUCAAAGGACUCACACUGGGGAGAAACCCUAUAACUGCCUGGAGUGUGGACAGAGCUUCACUCAGAAGGGAAGCUUACAUACACAUCAAAGGACUCACACUGGGGAGAAACCCUAUAACUGCCUGGAAUGUGGACAGAGCUUCACUCAGAGUUCAGCUCUACGUUCACAUCAAAGGACUCACACUGGGGAGAAACCCUAUAACUGCCUGGAGUGUGGACAGAGCUUCACUCAGAAGGGAAAUUUACAUACACAUCAAAGGACUCACACUGGGGAGAAACCCUAUAAAUGCCUGGAGUGUGGACAGAGCUUCACUCAGAGUUCAGCUCUACGUUCACAUCAAAGGACUCACACUGGGGAGAAACCCUAUAACUGCCUGGAGUGUGGACAGAGCUUCACUCAGAAGGGACACUUACAUACACAUCAAAGAACUCACACUGGGGAGAAACCCUAUAAAUGCCUGGAUUGUGGACAGAGCUUCACUGAGAAUGGACACUUACAAAGACAUCAAAGGACUCACACUGGGGAGAAACCCUAUAACUGCCUGGAGUGUGGACAGAGCUUCACUCAGAAGGGAAGCUUACAUAGACAUCAAAGGACUCACACUGGAGAGAAGCCCUAUAAAUGCCUGGAGUGUGGACAGAGUUUCUCUCAUAAUUCACAUCUACAUAGACAUCAAAGGACCCACACUGGGGAGAAACCCUAUAACUGCCUGGAGUGUGGACAGAGCUUCUCUCAGAAGGGAACCUUACAUUCACAUCAAAGGACUCACACUGGGGAGAAACCCUAUAAAUGCCUGGAGUGUGGACAGAGCUUUGCUCGUAGUUCAGGACUACGUUCACAUCAAAGGACCCACACUGGGGAGAAACCCUAUAAAUGCCUGGAGUGUGGACAGAGCUUUGCUCAUAGUUCAGGCCUACGUUCCCAUCAAAGGACUCACACUGGGGAGAAAACCUAUAACUGCCUGGAGUGUGGACAGAGCUUCACUCAGAGUUCAGGACUACGUUCACAUCAAAGGACUCACACUGGGGAGAAACCCUAUAAAUGCCUGGAGUGUGGACAGAGCUUCACUCAGAGUUCAGGACUACGUUCACAUCAAAGGACUCACACUGGGGAGAAACCCUAUAAAUGCCUGGAGUGUGGACAGAGCUUCACUCAUAGUUCAGGCCUACGUUCACAUCAAUGGACUCACACUGGGGAGAAGCCCUAAAAAUGCCUGGAGUGUGGACAGAGCUUUGCUCAUAGUUCAGAACUACGUUGACAUCAAAGGACCCACACUGGGGAGAAACCCUAUAACUGCCUGGAGUGUGGACAGAGCUUUGCUCGAAGUUCAGCACUACGUUCCCAUCAAAGGACUCACGCUGGGCAGAAACCAUAGAAAUGCAUGGAGUGUGGACAGAGCUUUUCAUGGAAUAGACAUCAAUUUGAGUUUAGCAUAUUCUAAUAAUUGUAUAUUUAUUUCCUUUCUUAGUUUAAUAAAAUUAUUAGUAUCUAAAUCUUCUAAUUCUCUAUAACAUUUAUUACCAGAUCCUUAAUUGUCUUUAAUUUUAAUUAUCCCCUCCUGUUUUAUUUUUUAAAUCUCUUCUUAGUGAUAAUUAAAUAACUACACUUCUGACUUGUUCCAGUUAAUUUGCAAAACUUUUAAUUUUCCCAAAUUCUUCUAGGUAAUUUUCAUUUUUUCCCCAUUGUUGUAUUGGGUUUUCCACUGAUAAAUGGGUAUCUUCUGCAAAUAAAUUAAUUUUAUUUGUUUUAAUACUCUUAGUUCCAUAACUAAUUUAUCUGUUUCCUGGAUCUUUAUUUUCCAAUAUUUCUCAAUAUAUUCCUCUAUUUUACUUUUGGAGUUUUCUUUUGCCAAGUAUAGUUCUUGAUAUGAUCUUGGAAAAGUUAAUAUUUUGUCUUCCAUCCUUGUAUGAUUCUUACCUUCCUUGUCUUUAAUGGAUGUUAUUAAUUUUUUCCUUUCUAAUGUGUGCUGCCUUGGCUAAUAAUUUGGAGUUUCUAUUACUGUAUUCAAAGUAUUCUUGUUGUGAAUGCGCCUUCAGAGACUGUGAAUGAUAGUGGUGGGAUUAGGAGAGGAAGGAAAAGCCCUCGCGAGGAGGGCUCAUUGGAGGAUUUGUUUAGGAAAAGGGUCAGGGAGACUGAUGGGGAGUCUUCUGAGCAGGAUUUAUGUGGGGAUCCUGAGGUGGAAAUGGAUGCUGGGGCCAAUUCCCAGAGCUGAGUCUGCAAGCUCUGGAAAUUGGAGCCAUAACAAAGCGCGCUCCUGGAACACCUGGCAGCACAGCCUGGGAACUGGUGGAGUGAAAAUGUAAACAAGUAUAAUGAGUAGUUUGUGUGAAAAUGGUAGAAAUGUGAUACAGGGGGUGGGGUUUUGGUGAUGAUAUUUACGUGUGAUGUGACGUAGUAGCAAAGGUAAUAAAAGUGGUUGUAUGUAAACAUUAUGUCAUUCUCGACUUUUUCCAAGUCGUGUGUUCUUCAAUAAAGAUUGGUUUUGAGA